AUGUCUGGAAUCAAUAUUCAAACGGGUGAUCAUACUAACAGACUCAUCUCCGAGAACGCUUUAAUUCCUUUCUGUCAUCCAUUAACUCCUGGAUCUUCCAGUCUACCCAAGUUUGGUACCCUUAUUCCAAACCGCAUAUUUGUUGGCGGAAUACCAUCAAAUACAAACGAACAAGAACUUAAGUCUUUCUUUUCAAGUUUUGGCCAAGUAAAAGAUGUCAAAAUUAUCAAUGAUCGCCUUGGGGCAUCUAAAGGGAGCUAUGGAUUUGUUACUUUCGAAAGUCAGGAAAUGGCUGAAAAAAUUAUCAAGAACGAGUCGGAAACACUCGUUUUCAAAGACCGUAAACUCAACAUAGGUCAUGCAAUUCGUAAGCAACAAAUAUUUCCUCGUCCAGACCUAACAACAACUUUGCUAUUCACCGGAAGUGCAGUUCCUUAUAGCUUUCAAAAUGGUGUGGCUGUAUUCCCUUUACCUGGCCAAGAGUAUCCUAUAUUGACUCAAACCACAGCUCCUUAUGCCACAAUGAUACUUCCACAGCCGGAUGGAGGAACACCUCUCUACUUGCCUCCUUUACAUUCAACUCCAGCUGCCGCCAUAUCGCCAUAUACACAUAUUCCACAGCAAGCUGUAACGGCAGCACUUCAUCAACAGUUUCAUCAAACAGGAGCUGUUUCUUGUUUAACUCCUGCGGUUGUUGGUCAGAUAACACCAGUCAAUGUCAGUGUUAAUAACACUAAUCCGCAAUCUCAUUCAACCCCCUCAGUAAUGGCGGCAGCUGCUGCUAUGGCUGCUGCUGUUCAGUGGCCACAAAAUCCAGCUCAGAAUAACCAACAAAAUCAACAACAAUCAUCUACUGUAACAGUAACUCAUAGUGUUUCGCAUGUAAACAAUGAGCAUUCCAUUAAUCAGACAUCAACAAUCACACAGAAUCAAUCUGCUGUUGCUGCUCAACAUCCAACUAAUUGGCAUUGGUCAACAGGAGUACAACAAUCUCAAAAUACCAUUCAGGAAACAAAUCCUCAAUCUAACAUGUUCACUAUUGAUACAUCUUCAAGUAUAGGUGCUACUAAAUCAACAUCAACAAUAUCAAAUCCAAAUCUUCAAUUUCCUCAACAGUGUGCAACAAAUGCAACUUAUUUGUAUGGCCCAUUCACUGGGUCUAGUCAUGAAGUGAUGUUAUUUCAUCAAACCAGUUCGCCAUUUACUGGCAAUUCAACUAGUGAUUACAGUACUGAUCAUAGUACACAUUCAUCCGGUAUAUUGGAGUCAGCUGAGUCUAUAAAUUAUGAUGGUACACCAAUCAGUCGUCAAACUCAACAAGUUGGAAAACAAUUAACUAAUAUUUACAACAAUAAUAAUACACAAAUGAAUGGUUCAUGUUUAUCACCAUAUGCUACGUUAACACCAAUUUUAGAAUUUCAUUCACAUUCUAAUUGUAUAGGACAAUCGAAUUCUAUGCAUCAAAUGUCACCAACACAUUUACAACAUAAUUUACAUCAAAAUCAUCAAACAAAUACAUUCGUGUCAAUACUUAAUCCAUCACAUCAUAAUACAGCAUUUACUGGCAGUAAUUGUACGCGUCAAUUAUCAACUGCUAUCUACGGAAGUCAAUCACAAAUUAAAAAUGGUACAUUACCAUCAAUUGAUAUUAGUUUAUCAAAUGAACAACAUCAAAAUAUGUUAUCAUCUAUUCGUCAAUUACAGUCGUGUUGUACUAUUGGCACUAUCCAAGGUAUAACUAAUACAGCAAUCAUAUCACAAUCCCCACUAACAUCAUCAGCAACAGCAAUGGUAGCCUCAGCCUCAGCAUCAACAGUACAAGUAGCAUUACCAUAUUUACUAACUUCUACAAGUACAUCAUCCUAA